UCUCUCCAGUUAGUUGGCGGCCAUCUUGGAUCUACCCAUCAAGCAAACCUCCCUUACUUUUGGGAUGAGAGGGAGGUCUUUAACCGAAUUUGAGUCUUUCGGGGUACCAGCCCCAUCGGAAACAGGGGCAGUGCGUGUCAGAAGCCGACAAUCUACAGGAACCCAGCGUCAAAAAUUGGCUGCAAAUUCUGAAAUCGGUUUUACGUGAACUCCCCUCCCCUAUUCCUUGUCUGGACGUUAUGUGAAUUUGUUGAGGACAUGUGAACUAUCAGAACACCGUUUAUUGAGCUUUACAAUAGAGUCGUUCCCGAAAAACGGAUUGUUACAUUUUGGAGCUCGGGGUUAUGGUUUGUUUUUGGACAACUUUUUGGGGGGAAUUGCCUUUGUCGCAAUCUGUCCCACCGGUGUGUUCUGUCCAGUAAUGCGGUUCGAUCAUUUAUUUAAUGUUUCGGUGUUCUAGACAUCUUCCGGCGUAUGUUUUGCUGGAACUUGGCUGUGGCGUUGCGUUAAUGCGGGUGAACGAAUACAUGAUCUUAAAUAUCAGUUCCAGACCUGCUGUACUGUCGUUAGACUAAGGUGCAGCAAAAAGCAGACGCAGAACCACUUCGGGGAUCAAGGAAUUAUUAAAAUGUCAACCAGAACGCCACUACCUACUGUCAAUGAGCGUGACACUGAAAAUCACACCUCGCACGCUGAUGGACGCAAUGAGGUGACCACACGACCCGGGCACUCGGGCUCCCGCUCCCGGAACUCUAUCGCCUCGUGUGCCGACGAGCAGCCGCACGUCGGAAACUAUCGGCUGCUCAAGACCAUCGGCAAGGGAAACUUCGCCAAGGUCAAGCUGGCACGCCACAUCCUCACGGGCAGAGAGGUUGCCAUUAAAAUCAUUGACAAGACACAACUGAAUCCUACCAGUCUUCAAAAGCUCUUCCGAGAAGUCCGAAUAAUGAAGAUUCUAAACCAUCCAAACAUUGUGAAACUGUUUGAGGUGAUAGAGACUGAGAAAACGCUCUACCUGGUGAUGGAAUAUGCCAGUGGAGGGGAGGUCUUUGACUACCUCGUAGCUCACGGGAGGAUGAAGGAGAAGGAAGCCAGGGCAAAAUUUAGACAGAUUGUGUCAGCUGUGCAGUACUGCCAUCAGAAAAAGAUUGUACACAGAGACCUGAAGGCUGAGAACUUACUCCUAGACGCUGACAUGAACAUCAAGAUUGCCGACUUUGGCUUCAGUAACGAGUUCACAAUGGGCAGUAAGCUGGACACGUUCUGCGGCUCCCCUCCCUACGCCGCCCCAGAGCUGUUCCAGGGGAAGAAGUACGACGGGCCUGAGGUGGACGUCUGGAGCCUGGGGGUCAUACUGUACACGCUGGUGUCAGGGUCGCUGCCCUUCGACGGUCAGAACCUCAAGGAGCUGAGAGAGCGUGUUGUAAGGGGUAAAUACCGUAUCCCUUUCUACAUGUCCACCGACUGCGAAAACCUCCUCAAGCGCUUCUUGGUGCUCAACCCAUCCAAGCGUGGUACACUUGAGGUGAGGGAGGAUGUCCGAAACCAAAUCAUGAAGGACCGGUGGAUAAACGCAGGCCUAGAGGAGAAUGAACUGAAGCCAUUCAUGGAGCCAGAACAGGACAUCACAGACCAGAAGAGAAUAGACAUCAUGGUGGAGAUGGGCUACACUCAAGAGGAGGUCACUGAGUCUUUAACCAGGAUGAAGUACGAUGAGAUCACUGCCACCUACCUGCUACUGGGCAGGAAGUCCACAGAGUUGGAGGCUAGUGACUCCAGCUCUAGCAGUAACUUGUCUCUGGCCAAGGCACGGCCUGCCAGCGAGCACAACAACAACGGCCAGUCUUCUGCCCAUCUCAAGACCCAGCGGUCCAUCUCCAGCACCCAGAAACAGAGACGCUACAGCGACCAGGCCGGUCCGUCCAUCCCCUCGGUGGGCUACCCCAAGAGGAGCCAGACCACCUCGGCCGACAACGGCGACUACAAAGAGGACGGGGGUGCUCAGACCCAGAAGUCUGGUUUGUCGGGUGGGCGCAGUGGCGGCGUUGCCCCUGCCAGUCCCCUACUAGGUAAUGCCAACAACCCCAACAAGGCCGACAUCCCCGACCACAAGAAAGGCUCCACCACACCCACCGCUAACUCAAUGUCAGGGGGCAUGACGAGGAGGAACACGUAUGUGUGUAGUGACAGGAAUGCCUCGGACCGCCACUCCGCUGUCAUCCAGAAUGGAAAAGAGAACAGCAUGAGUGAAAUGUCGGCGGCCUGCACCACUAGCCUCUCUGCCUACUCCAAGGCCCUCACCUCCUCCUCGGCCUCAGUCCACCUGCGCCACCAGAAGGCCCUGUCGGCUUCGGGCCACACAUGCCGCCAAACGCUGCCACCUACCGACGGCGUUGACUUCAGGCCUAACACAACAGCGACUUCCAGUCAACGGAACCCUGGCAGCGCCACGCCCCCCGACCGGGUUCACUUCCCCCGUGGCACGGCCAGCCGCAGCACCUUCCACGGCGGCCAGCUGCGGGAGCGCCGCACUGCCACCUACAACGGCCCGCCCGCUUCGCCCACGCUCUCGCAUGACGCCACACCCCUCUCGCAGUCCCGCAGCCGCGGCUCCUCCAACCUCUUCACCAAGCUCACCUCCAAGCUCACACGCAGAGGCCCAGCAGAGUUUGAGAGAAACGGGAGGUUGGAGGGUUCAAGUCGCAACAUGUCAGGUGAUCAGGAGGACCAGCAGCAGCCUCAGCCCCCCCACGGCCAACACCCCAAGGACACCAAGCCGCGCUCCCUCCGCUUCACCUGGAGCAUGAAGACCACGUCGUCCAUGGAGCCCCACGACAUGAUGCGCGAGAUCCGCAAGGUGCUGGACGCCAACAACUGCGACUACGAGCAGCGCGAGCGCUUCCUGCUGCUGUGCGUGCACGGUGACGGCCACGCCGAGAGCCUGGUUCAGUGGGAGAUGGAAGUGUGCAAGCUGCCGCGACUCUCACUCAACGGUGUGCGCUUCAAGCGGAUCUCGGGCACAUCCAUCGCCUUUAAGAACAUUGCGUCCAAAAUUGCCAACGAGCUCAAGUUGUAGGGCCUCCUAAAGAUAUGAGGGUGGGGGAGUGUUGAGCGAGCAGGUAAAAUAUUGCGCUUUGAAAUGGACUAAAGCAGGGAUAUUCAACUCUGACCCUGUGAGGUCCGGAGCCUGCUGGUUUUCUGUUCUACCUGAUGAUAAAUAAUUCCACCCACCUGGUGUCCCAGGUCUAAAUCAGUCCCUGAUUUAGAGGGUAACAAUGAAAACAUGGGGUGGGACUGGCUUUGAGGUCCAGAGUUGUAUUUGAUGGGACCAAAAGUAGGUUGCGUAACGUGGGAAAAGAAAGCGCUUCAAAAUGGACUCUGAACGAGCUGUACAGCCGUUAUAAAAAACUGAAGUAGCAAAUUCACAACGGUUUUCCUCCAAGACAAAGUAGGUAUUGAAAACUGCUUUUGGCAAUAAUUUCCUGUGUCUUUGGAGCAUUAUUAUCGUUGAUGAUGUGAAAGGUGGUCCUGAGCUGUCGGGGACGUUGGUCUGACAUUGACAUUUGGUUGUCUUGUUUUUUUUGCUGAAUGCAUUAUUGCCAUUGUGGCUCUGGCACAGGGCUCUCCAACCCUGCUCCCGGAGAGCUUAUCAUCCUGUAGGUUUUUGCUACAACCCUAAAAAUUGGCUGGGUGAUACAGCUACAUCAGGUUAGUUACAACUGUGGUUGGAUUGAAAACCUACUGGGAGAUAGCUCUCCAGGAACAGGGUUGGAGAGCCCAUGUCUGGAAGAUGCCUCCCCAUUAGGAGUUUAAACUCUCAUACAAGGGAGGGAGUGGAGGAAGAACAUUAAAAAUGGACCCCUUCCCCCUCUAUUAGAGUACCCAGAAUUCCUCUUGCCAAGAGAAUAUGGCUGCCAGAUAUGAGUGGUUGGAUAGCCUAGCUAAUUGCACAAGUAGUUAUGGUAUUACUGUCAAAUACUGUUGAUUUUGGCAGUCGUUUGCACCCUCUACCCUUACUUAGCCAGCUUCUACACACUUGCACACUUUCAUUCUAUGAUUUGAACCGGUUGUUCAUUAGUGUUUAUCCAUGUGAUAACAGCAUAAAUGCAAUGUAUGGACCCAGCUAAGCCUCUGCUGUAUGGGGUCACCCACCCCAGAAACGGGGCCUGGAGGAUGACGCACUUCGGCUGACCCACGCUUUAAAAUGGGGGAUUGUUGCAAAGUAUCAUGGGACUGGGUCACUCGCUACAAAAAAGAGACUUCAGGGAAGAUUUUCCUUCCUGGCAUAUCUGAAUGAUAUAUAUUUUUCCUUUGUUAACAUAAUUGUUUCAACGGUUCUCUUCUCAGAUAUUACUGAAAUGCCCCCUUCUAUCUGGUCCUACCCACCUGGGCCAGUUCAGAUGCGGUCGGCCAUUCCUGGAACAGAUCGAAGAUCAACUAUGGCCAUAUUCAGGCCUUCAGUAUUCACUUACACCCUCCUAAAAAUGCUGGCACUGUUUUUUUUUUGGGGGGGGGGGAAUGUAAAUAAUAUACCUUAGUUUUGCAACAGCUGCAUAUUGAUAUACUUCCUUGUUUUUUUAUUGAGCCUGGAGCUGUGGAAUUAGUGUUAACUCAUUCAUCACCGAGUAAGUUUAACACGUGUCUCUAUUAAAAUACAUUCAGUGACUA